GCCGAGAUGAUGCCCGAGGGAGCCGCGACCAAGGUUGUCAAGCAGGUCCUCGGCGAGAUCCCCCAAGAUCUGCAAGCGCUGCGCGAGGUGAUGCUUCCAGUGAAAAAGCAAUUCAAGCCUGUUUUGCCGAGGGCCAGCGCCGAGAAGGGCAAAGAGCAGUUCGAGUCGGUAGCAAUCCUGCCCAAGAAGGCCAAGGACUACUUCGACGAGUUCAUGCGGUUUUGCCUCGAGGGUGACGCAAGCGAGCGCAUCUGCACCGCGAACGCCAUCGUGGCGUGGCGCUGGCAAGUUAGCAAGGUGGCCAAGAAGGCUUUCGAGCUCGACGUGCACAGGUCCACCGCCGCCAAGCGCCUCAAGCGCGACGAGGACACCGAGGAGAAGAAGCUCGAGUACCAGAAGAUGUUCUUCGAUGUGUGCACCAAGACUAGCUCCCCGAACUACAACAAUAUCAACAACGAGUACGAGGAGAUGAAGGUCGAGAAGACGGGCAAGCAAGAGUUCGAGAAGAUCGAGGUGGAGGUUUGA